AUGGGCCCAGCCCCGCUGCUGCUGCUGCCCCUGAUGGCCUCCCUGCUAGACGCUGCCCCUGCAGACUGCAACACUGGCUUUGGGGUCAACCAGCCAGGGCACCUGGAAGCCCCUAAGGGCGGCUCCGUCCGCAUCCCCUGCGCCUUCCACCACGGCUGGGAGUUAACCAAGAAUACUGACGUGAAGAUACACUGGAGGUGGGCGAACUUCCAUGGAGAUUUCAUCUACAACCAGACUCGGAAUUGGACCCAUAAGGAGUUCAAGGGCCGUGUGCACCUGAACUGGACACAGGGCCAGACCCAGGGCGCCCUCCUCAUCUGGAACCUGCGGAGAAGGGACGCGACCACGUACUUCUGCCGAGUGAUGCUGAACACAAAGAGAUGUGGGAAACAGGAGUUUCAGUCCAUUGAGGGGACCAAACUCUACAUCACCCCGGCAACAACAACUACUCAGGGCCCCACCAGCACUACAGCCACCACCGGAGUUGACACCAGUGUGAACAAGGGCGACACACAUUCUGGAUCAAGGCCCCUAAGCCCGGAAGCUGUGGUUGGAGUGGCAGUGGCUGGUGCCGUGCUCGGAAUUGCAAUUCUGGGACUUAUUUUCCACUUCACGUGGAAGAGAAGCAAAGGUAAAGGUAGCAAGGCAGAAGACACAACCCCAGCCAGGGAAUCCCUCCAAAAUACAGAGCGCAAAGACGAGAACGCGGAGAAUAAAGGACACCAUAUAGAUGCCAAGUUGGAUCCUACGGAUGAUGGCAUCACCUAUGCCUCCCUUUCCCUCUCUCAGUUAACUUCACCAGCAGAACCUUCCUGCCUCCGUCCCCACAGUGGCCCCCAGGAAGAAACCCUCUACUCUACCCUGAAGACCUAACAAGCUGCCCAGGACU